CGUCGUCCUUGGAAACGAGUGACCAGUCGUGUGGCCCCAUCCGGACCUCCGAGUUAUCCCAGCCACAGUGUUAAAAACCUGUCACGCACAUCUUUGUAGGAAAAGGAAUAUGGCGUCCGGGUUUUUCCGAGGCACCACGGCCGAUCAAGACGCUCGUUUUGGGAAUGCUGAAAAACGCCUUAUGAAAAAGAUGAAAUUUGCGAGCAUUCUCUCGGAGAAGGUAGAUUUACGCAAGGUAAAUAUGGACGUGAUCAAACGCUGGAUUACCGACCAGCUGGUGGAGUUUUUGGGGUUCGAAGAGGAAGUGACCAUCGGCCUUGUCAUCAACUACUUAGAAAGCGACACGGACGCGAAAAAAUUGCAACUGCAGUGCACGGAGUUCAUUGGAAAAAACAAAGCCUCGACGUUCGUCACGGAACUCUGGGCCUUGUUAGUGGACGCCCAGCGUAACCCCAGCGGGAUCCCUACCGCCUUCAUCGAAGCCAAGAAGAAGGAGCUGGCGGAGCGGACCCGGAAGGAGGAGGAGGAGGGCGGGGCGGUGGCGGCGGCGAUGGAGGCCGCCAAGAUGAUCAGCUCGGAAGCGUGA